AUGGCCAUUUUGCAACACCGGUGUCAUUUGCGUAAACUCGAGCGUAAACUGACAAUUGGUCUCAUCUCGUUUGUUAUCCUUGUGACAAUUCUCGUUAAUCACGCGCCUAUCUUUCAACAAGAGGAGCUUCUGCUAGGUCAAUUCAAAUCAACUUGCAGUCACGCCGCUGACCGAAGAGGUCCCAAUCAAAAGAUCGUCACCUAUUCCCUUUACGACAACUUCUCACGGGAGGAUCACGUUAAAAAAUACGUCAUUCCAUUUGGAGAGACUCUCAAGUCGGUCCCCUCGAUUUAUCCAGGGUGGACUGUAAGGAUCUAUCUCAAUCUGCAAUCCGACGACAAGGCAAGUUGGGAAACGUUCAACCGCCAUUUGGACAUCGGAAGUCACGUCGAUAUUUGCAACGUCACCCAAGUGCUGGAAAAUCGAAAUUUGGAAAGGAAUCCAAGUGCGGCGACCUGGCGUUGGUUAACUAUGCUCGAUGAUAUGGUGGACACGGUCAUGUCUAGAGACACGGACAGUCGAAUCAUAUCCCGUGAAGAAGAUGCCGUUCGUGAGUGGUUGGCCAGUGACAAGAUUUUCCACAUUAUGAGAGACCAUCCGUAUCACUGCGUCCAUGUUCUAGCGGGUAUGUGGGGAGUCAAACUGAGCCAGGAUCGUGCACACAUUGCCGGUGUGUUUCAGGAGAUUUUUAAAUUGACCCAUAAUCACAACUACGGCUACGACCAAGCUCUGCUGACGGACUACAUUUGGCCUUUUGCGCAGUCAAACAUGGUGUCUCAUGACAGUUACUGCUGCGGAAAUUUCCCAUUCACCAAGCCGUACCCGACGCCAAGAAGUAAGGACGGCCUUUUCAUCGGCGGGCGAGAUGAUCCAGCGGAGGCCCUUACGUCUCCGUGUCCGGUCGAAUGCCGCCCAGUAAACGCCACAUCCGAGUGGAAUUAUUGUUGAUUUGGCAUGUUUGUUUAAUACGCAAAUGGCGGAGUCAUUCAAAAAGAUAUGGACUUUCAUUUAAUACUAAAAUUUUGAUUGACACACCACAGAGUAAAAUCUUCGUCUCGGUGCCACCAGCGUUUUUUCAUCGAUACUGUUAUUUAACUGUUUGCAAAAAGCGACAUUUCUUUACGUUUUGCAAAGGCGUCAGCAAAGGUGCCAACCAACUUCAGAUGUUGGCGUGUGAAAGACUAUGAAUUCUGUUAUACGUGUUAAAGCCAAGUUGUUCAAGGGUAAAUGGGUAACACAAGUAUAACACAGGCUAGUCCUCCAAGGGCGGAACCAAAUAUCCUUCGCGAGUUCAACAGUCGAACACGUAGUUGGCUGCGGGCAGUGGCUGGGUUAGACUCUAACCUGUACGCAAACUAAUAGUUCUCGAAAUGUUUCAGUAUUGGUGUAUGGUGUUCCAUCGGUAUUCUUGUUUAAAUU